AUGCUUCCGGAUGAGAAUGGUAUUGACGGCUGGCUACGGUAUGCCCCGUUGCCAUCUGAGUUUGCCUCACAGUUCAAGCAGCAUAGAAGUAUCAUUGCGUUGAGUAACGACGAUUCUAGUCCUGUUCUUACUGCUGCAAAGGAAGUCCAAGAUGGCUUGAACAAGAUCCUCAAGCAAGAGGUUAAGAUUAGUCACAACUUCGUCCCUAACAGACAGACUGAAGAUGCGGCUACAAUUGUUAUUGGGACUAUCCAUGAAUUCUCGCAGGCGGGGGGAGAUGUAACUCAUAUUCCACCUCUGAAAGAAGACGGGUUCUGGCUUGACGAAGACAAGAAUGGAAACGUACAGAUCUUGGGUCAAAAUGAGCGUGGAGCUUUAUAUGGUGCCUUUGAGUUCCUGAUGCUCCUUGCCCAGGGUAGACCGUGCCCAUCAAGCCACAUCUCCAAUCCCAGUGCGCCGAUCCGAUGGGUAAAUCAAUGGGACAACUUAGACGGCAGUAUCGAACGCGGAUACGCAGGGCCGUCAAUCUUCUUCAAGGACAUAGUUGUUCAAGAAGACUUGACCCGCGUCUCUCAGUAUGCUCGACUUAUGGCUUCUGUCGGAUUGAAUGGGAUCAUCGUCAACAAUGUAAACUCGCACCAUGACCUGCUCAGUCCAAUAAACUUGGAAGGUCUCGGCCGAAUCGCAAACGCAAUGCGUCCGUGGGGCGUGCGUAUAGGUGUUGCGCUCUUCUUUGAUACUCCUAAGACUCUAGCUGGUCUGCCUACAUCUGACCCGCUAGACCCCGAGGUGAUUGCGUUUUGGGAUAGGAUAACUGCGCAGUUGUACCAACAUGUUCCCGACCUCAUUGGGUACCUGAUAAAAGCCAACUCUGAAGGACAGCCAGGCCCGCUGACCUACGGUCGCACAUUAGCUGAAGGAGCCAAUCUCUUUGCAGCGGCCCUUAAACGCCACGGCGAUGGCGUCUUGAUCUAUCGGGCAUUUGUAUACAAUCACCAUCUGGAUGAAUCCAACUGGAAAAAUGACCGGGCAAAUGCAGCGGUUGAAUAUUUCAAGGAUAUGGAUACGCUAUUUGCGGAUAAUGUACUGGUUCAGAUAAAAUAUGGGCCGAUUGAUUUUCAGGUGCGCGAACCGACUUCGCCGUUGUUUGCUCAUCUUCGACGCACACCAGCCAUCAUAGAAUUCCAGGUAGCUCAGGAAUAUCUAGGUCAACAAAGCCAUGUCUGUUACCUACCCCCUCUCUGGAAAACAAUCCUAGACUUUGACCUCCGGAUAGAUGGUGAACCCUCGCCUGUCCAUAAGAUCCUCUCGGGCGAGCGUUUCGAUUGGAAGCGAAGCGGCUAUGCCGCUGUUGUCAAUGUAGGCAGCGAUUCAACGUGGUUAGGAAGUCAUCUAGCAAUGUCCAAUUUAUACGCCUAUGGUCGUUAUGCCUGGGACCCAAUAAGCGAUGCAGAAAAUGUUAUCCGGGAUUGGACACGCUUAACAUUCGCUAUUAAUCCGACAGUUGUCGACACCGUGACCAGCAUUUCCAUGGAGUCUUGGCCGACAUAUGAGAAUUACACUGGAAAUCUUGGAAUUCAAACCCUCUGUGAGAUAACGAAGACAUGCCAUUAUGGUCCUAGACCUGAUUCAAUGGAUGGCAACGGCUGGGGUCAAUGGACACGAGCUGACGCACACGCGAUUGGCAUGGAUCGCACAGUUGCUACAGGCACCGGAUACGCAAGGCAGUAUCCAGCCGAGAUUGCGCAAUUGUAUGAAAAGAUUGAAAGUACGCCCGAUGAACUGCUCCUCUGGUUCCAUCAUGUCCCGUACACGCAGCGGCUGAAAUCGGGGAAGACCGUAAUUCAGCACUUUUACGAUGCUCAUUACGAAGGUGCCGCAAAUGCGCAGACGUUUGCACCGAGAUGGGAGGCCCUUCGCGGUUUGGUUGAUCAAGCCCGAUUCGAGCAUGUCUUGUUUCGCCUCAAGUAUCAGGCAGGCCAUUCACUUGUGUGGCGUGAUUCGGUCAACAAUUUCUACAUGGACAAGUGCGGUAUUGCCGACGAGCAUGGUCGAGUGGGACACUAUCCAUGGCGUAUUGAAGCUGAAUCAAUGGACCUAACAGGGUAUACCGUUGUCCCUAUCACCCCAUUUGAAGCAGCAUCCGGUGGCAAAGCCAUCAUCACAACAUCGAACGAUCAACCGGGAAGUGCUAAAUGUAAAGUCCCAUUCAAAACUGGAGUAUACAAUGUUGCCGUAAACUACUAUGAUCACCUCGGCGGCACAUCGAAAUACAAGCUGCUAGUGGGAGGUCGACUCAUUGGCGAAUGGGUAGGUGAUUUGGGUACUAUCCUGCUACACGACUUUUCGGACUUGCGGGAUGGCCAUUCCGCGACACGGAUUAAUUUUGAUUCUGUACAGGUGACCAAAGGGGAUUUACUUGAGAUUAUAGGAACGCCGGAUGGUACCGAGCUGGCACCAGUAGAUUAUGUUUCCUUCUUGCCUCGAGGUAUAAUAGACUGA